AUUACUCCAUCCUCAUUGAUCAACUAGAUUCUGCUAAAUAUUUAGGUGAAGUCCUUUUGACGUGGACGAUAAGAUGGAGCAUUUCAGGAGAGGAGUGGAGUUUGGGACGGCCCCCUUCCAGAGAUGCCACUCCUUGUCCUGUCAAAUGGCAGAGAACACACAGAUCGAUGCGCAGAAGGCGGGCAUCCGUCGCAAGGAAAAGUCGUCGAUGCGACGCCCGAAAGGCGAAGAGAUCCCCGUGAUCCCUGAGCAGGCGAUGGAGUUCCUCUCUCGGACAUGGAACCCCUCCUCCUCGGAUCUCUUCCAAAUACUCACCCCCAGUUGCCUAGGAGUAUCAGCACAAGACCAUCAUGAAGAAGGCGAGACGAAGGAAGACGAAGAGGGAGACAAAGAACUCGAUGCGGUUCGAAUCGAUGGCAGUAAAAGCCAAUUGUUCAAUCAGAUUCAGACGUGGAGAGUUCUGGCCAGUGGGAAGCCUGGCUCCAAGCAGCGCAAGACUAAGCUGAACCAGCCUAUAUGGCUCAACGUUGGACAGAUGAAGGCGCUCCUGCGCGGCUACUUCCUGGACAACGUCUCCAUCACGGGGAGCCGGAGGCGGCGUCGGCGGGACGAGGUCCGGCUGCACUCGGCGCAGGCCCACGCGGCCGUCUCGGUGGCCCAGCUCGCCGCGGCCAUCGCCGGCGUCGUGUCGGCGUGCGACCUGAGAGGGGACAAGAAGCUGGGCGCUGUGCUCGCGUCCGCCGCCGCGCUCGUGGCCACCGUCUGCGCGGAGGCCGCCGAGUCCGCCGGCGCCAACCGGCCCCGCGUGACCUCCGCCGUCAAGACCGGACUCGAGAGCCGCUCCCCCGCCGAGCUCCUCACGCUGACCGCCACCGCCGCGACGUGCCUCCGGGGCGCCGCCGCGUUGAAGCUCAGGGCCGCGGACGUCAGAGGGAUCAGCACCGGCGCCAACGCCAACGCCAACGCAAUGGCCAUGAGCAUCAGCGCCAGCAUCCAGAAAGGCAUCGCCCUCAGGGUCUGCCUACCCUGCGGGAAGGUACGGGUGAGGACGGUGUCCGUCUUCCCCCGGCGCGGCGGCGGCGCGGUGGCGCUGAGGCUGGGGACGAAGCGGCUGCGCGGCGCCUUCGCCACCUACGACGACCACGAGCUACUCGGGGUGUCGACGGGCGGCGGCGGCGAGGCGGUGGUCGACGGCCGGAGGUGCUUCGCGGUGGCGCUGAGCACGUCGGCGGGGACGGUGCAGCUGCUGCUGGAGGACCAGACGCACUGCAAGGUCUGGAAGGCCGCCAUCGAAGGCAUGCUGUCCGAUGCAAACCUCAAGCAUGCGAAGUGUGAUCUUUUUUUUUUUUUAGAAAAGCAUGCAAAGUAAUUUGUAGAUUCUGCUUGGUGUGCAGUUUUUGUAUGUGAGUACUAAAGAUGCUAAGCUAUAUGUAAACAUUAUAAAUAUGAUCAAUAAAAUGACUAGAUUUGUCGA